AUGACGCUGACUCAAGCCGAGAAGGCCGCCGUGGUUGCCAUCUGGGCAAAGGUGGCUACCCAAGCCGAUGCCAUUGGGGCAGAAUCACUGGAGAGGCUUUUCUUCAGCUAUCCCCAGACGAAAACCUACUUCCCUCACUUUGAUCUCAGCCAAGGCUCAUCUCAGCUUCGUGUUCAUGGCUCCAAGGUCAUGAGUGCCAUCGGGGAGGCUGUGAAGCACAUUGAUGACAUUAGAGGCGCUUUGGCCAAACUCAGUGAGCUGCAUGCUUACAUCCUCAGGGUGGACCCAGUGAACUUCAAGCUGCUUUCCCACUGUAUCCUGUGCUCCGUGGCUGCCCGCUAUCCCAGUGACUUCACCCCAGAAGUUCAUGCUGCGUGGGACAAGUUCCUGUCCAGUGUCUCCUCUGUUCUGACUGAGAAGUACAGAUAA